UGUAAACAUAACCUACAAGUUAUAUGAGCUUAUUUUUUUAAUAAUUACAAGUUAAUUGUAAUUUAAAAACAACUAUAAUUUUUGUUCAAUUAUUCAUAGUUUUCGAUUCAAUAAAUGGCUGGAAUAUUACUAAGUCAGACUGAAAAAACAUAUAUACUUCAUGGCGUACAGGAAGACUUCCGCUCUGAUGGGAGAUCUAAUAUUGACUAUAGACCCAUGGAACUGGAAACAGACGUAGUCAGCCAUGCAAGUGGUUCGGCGCGCUUACGAUUGGCCAAUACAGAUAUUCUAGUGGGUGUUAAAACUGAAAUUGAUGUUCCUUAUCCUGACAAAGCUAGUCUAGGAAAAAUUGAAUUCUUUGUAGAUUGUUCUGCAAAUGCCACACCAGAAUUUGAAGGUAGAGGUGGAGAACAACUUGCAAGCAGCAUAUCGAACAUGUUGCAAAGAGCAUAUCACUCUUCUCAAGCAUUUAAUUUAACACAAUUGUGCAUAUUUGAAGGAAAACAAUGUUGGAAACUGUAUAUUGAUAUUUUAAUUCUAGAAUGUGGUGGCAACUUAUGUGAUGCAGUGUCUUUAGCUGUAAAAGCAGCACUUUUCAACACAAGGAUACCUUUUGUUAAAGCAGCUCUUAUGGAUGGCGGAAAUGUAGAUUUACAACUGUCUGAUGACCCAUUUGAUAGCAAGCAUUUGAAUGUUGGCACUGCACCAUUACUGGUCACAUUAUGCAAAAUUGGUGAUAAAUGUGUUGUUGAUCCAUCAGCUGAGGAAGAAAAGUGUAGUGUUGUGUCACUGAUUGUUGGUGUAUCAGGCAAUCCUGCAUAUUACACAGGAAACACAACCAACCCUGACUUAAAGUCUAAAUGUACUACAAUUGGCAUGAUAGGUGCUGGCAGUGUGGCCUCACAAACACUGAAAGAGGCUGUCAGCCAAGGAAUUAUUGCAGCCAAAUGUUUAGACGAAGCACUUGGAAAAGCUCUUUUACGUGAAAAAGCAGAAUCCAACACUUACAAAAAAGAAUCGUAUGGAUUUCUUAAAUAAAUAUUUUUUAUA